AUGGAGAACUCACCCGCCGAUUCCGUGAUGGUCAAGGAACCUCGCGAGAAGGCGCAGGAGGAUGAGUGGACUCUGGAGCAGCGCCAAGCCAUGACAAAAACAUCCAGCACCCUCAAUGUUUUCAUCUCAGGAACCGCCCUGUUCAGCGAUGGCUACAAUGCGCAAAUCGUCGGCUACAUGGACGCGCUAUUCGCAAACCUUUACAAACACACCAUGUCCAAGACCAUCAAAACACGCCUAUCCAACUCAUAUUUGAUCGGCGAAAUCUUUGGAAUGCUCUUCUUCGGCUCGCUCAUUGACCGUCUCGGUCGUCGAAUGGGUGUCAUCGCAACUACCCUCUUUCUCAUCCUUGGUAUCGUUCUAGCCACUGCCGCACAUGGCACCUCUGAACUCGGAAUGUUCUGGAUGAUGAUCGUGGCACGUGGUAUAGCCGGCUUCGGUGCCGGAGGAGAGUAUCCAGUCUGUGGUUCAAGUGCUACUGAAGCAGCCGAUGAGACCACAAAGUUACGCAGACGACGAGGAAUCUUAGUCGCCCUGACCACCGACUUCGCAGUUGACCUAGGAAUGGUCGCAGCGGGAAUUGUUUCUGUGAUUGUCCUCGCAGCCUAUGACCAAAAGGAUGCCGAGGGUGUUUGGCGAAUUACCUUUGGACUCGGUGUUGUGUUUCCACUGGCAGUUUGCUUCUUCCGAAUUCGAAUGAUCAACUCCACCCAGUACAAGAAACAUUCAAUCAAGUCGAACUAUCCCUACCUCCUGGUUCUCAAACGCUAUUGGAAACCAAUGCUUGGAACAUCCGUCACUUGGUUCUGUUACGAUUUCGUGGCUCUUCCAUUCGGCCUGUUCUCUUCAACAAUCGUUGCGCAGCUAGUGAAGGAAAACACCAGCUUUCAAAACAUUGCAUACGGCACUGCAAUCAAUUGCUUCCUUCUACUGGGUUGCAUAGUCGGUGGAUUCCUAAUGGAUCGCAUCGGCCGAAAGCAAACCAUGACUCUCGGAUUCUUCGCCUGGGGCAUCUGGGCAUUCAUCCUAGGCGGUGCAUUAGGACCUAUUCAAAGCGUCUUCCCACUCUUCAUCAUCAUGUACGGUAUCUUCCAAGCACUAGGAGAGAUGGGACCCGGCGUAGCCACCUUUCUCUGCACAGCGGAAUCCUUCCCAACACCCCUGCGUGGCCACUUUCUGGGCUUCGCCGCCGCUGCUGGAAAGGCAGGUGCAGCAAUUGGUACUCAAGUCUUUACGCCAAUUCAGGCUUCAUUUCACACCGUACACAAGGGUCAACAGGCUGUGUUUCUGAUCGCCGCAGCAUUUACAAUUGUGGGAGGAGUUGUUUCAUGGAUUUUCGUUCCUGAUAUGUCUCGUGAACUGGAGACUGAGGAUGCCCGUUUCAAGUCGUAUCUGGAAGAGAAUGGUUAUGAUAUCAGUUGUUAUGGGGAGGCGUUGGUUGUCAGUCACAGGGAGUAG